AAGCAGAAUGUUCGUCACCACGCUGUUCUUGGGUCUGUGCAUGUUCGCACGAGCAAUGCCUCCGGACAAGCAUCCUCGUCCCCUCCACAUAAUCAAGACCCGCAGUAUAGACCUGAACAACGCGCACGCUCUGACUAUAGAAAGUCGGCUGGAGAAGAUUGUGGAACCCACAGGGUACAAGCUGCAACUAGAACCGUACCUUGAGGAUGGAGUGUUCAAGGGCCGCGUCAGUAUCAACGUGAGCUGGCUUCAAGACGCCGACGAGCUCAAGGUGCACUGCGCGCACGAGAUUGAGAUCAGCGACGCGCAGGUCUACGCGCACGUGCCCGCAGACAACAAACAACUGGAAAAGGUCACAGUAAAGAAAAUCACAACAGACCCUAAGAAGCCCAUCGUUUUGCUCCGCCUUGAAAAGAUCAUACCUAAAGGCUGCAAGGGCACGCUGGAGUUCACCUUCAACGGAAAUCUGGAGACGGCGCAGACUGAAGCUUUCUUCAAGUCCACUUAUCAAACCGAACAGGAGGUUGAGAGGAUAGUAGCAGCGACCCAGCUACGUCCCAACAAUGCCCGUCGCAUGUUCCCAUGCUUCGACGAGCCGGGAUACAAAACCCCGUUCCAAUUGAGUGUGGUCCGACCGAAGACCAUGGUGGCACUCAGCAAUACGCCAGUGGCAAGGUUUGAGGAAAUUGCCGAUGAGCCCAACGCAGAAUGGGUACACUUCGAAACCACGCCACCCAUGUCCACCUUCACCCUUGGACUGGUCAUCGCUAAUCUCAUGCAACUGAAUAGCAGCUUCUUCACUGAUGAGAAAGGAAACAAGAUUGAACUCCGAGUUUGGGGCCGUCUCGAAUACCUGGAAGCACUCGACGGUGUCAACGAAAAAUUGGCGCUAGUGUUCAAGGAGAUCGCAAGGUUCUGGCAGGUGUCCCUGCCGCUGAAGAAGUUGGACAUCGUCGCGUUGCCCAACUACCAGGGCGUGAAGCCGGCUGACAACUGGGGACUGAUCGUGUUCAGGGAGAGCGACCUCAGCAGCCGCGGCUACAUCCAGCUCGCUCAAGAACUCUCGUACCAGUGGAUGGGAGCCUUAACCACGCCUGCGUGGUGGUCUGAUGCUCACCUUAACAAGGCUCUGGUUGGGUACCUAGCUGCUGAGACUGCUUUCAAGAUCAACAAUGGAUCAGAAAUGGAAGGCAAAUGGCCGAUGACGGUCCUCUACUCGUUAUACUAUGAGUUCAGUAAGCGCUACCCUCACUCCCGCAUCACGGGCAUGAAGCAGGAGACGACGUGCACCAAGAUUGAGCUGCUGUUCAGGAUGUUCAACUACACGCUGGGAGGCGAGACCUUCAGGAAGGGACUGAGAAUGUUUAUAGAGGACCACAAAUUCAAAACCUUCACUGGUGACGAUAUCUGGUCGGCUCUGAACGCAGCCGCGGCCGCCGACGGCAAGAUCCCGAAGAGCGUCGACGUGAAGACUGUCGCCAAUAGCUGGAUCGAGAAGGAUCGCCUGCCGCUGGUCACUGUUCAGAGGAAUUAUGAGGCUAAAACUGCGGUGUUGAGACAGAAAGUGUACCUCCGCGAGCGUCCCCACGACGUCCCAGACGCAGACAGCAUGGUGUGGCGCACUCCGGCAGUGGUGCUCCGUGGAGACCAGCUCGACUUCUCCAAGUUCCCGACCUCCUGGAUGCACGACAAGGAACUGACGGUCCCCAACAUGCCUAGCAAGGAGCACUUCAUCAUUGUUAAUCCGGAAGAGAUCGCCCCCUUCCCCGUAAACUACGACACCGAAAACUGGAAUCUCCUCUCAAAGUUCCUCCAAAGCAAAGACCGAACAAAGAUCCCUGAACUCACCAGAGCCAAGCUUCUCCACGACGCUUGGAAUCUCGCGUAUGCUGGAGAACUCUCAUUCACUACAGCUCUUAAUAUGACAUGGUUCCUUAAGGAUGAGAGGCACCCGCUAGUUUGGGACCCUGUGUUCACCAUGAUUGACCACAUCGGUGGGCAUAUUUGCCAGUGUAUGCAUAAUAAGUUCCAGGCCUACGUCCGCACUCUCCUCACCCCCCUCUACGAGGAGCUAGUAAAGCAGGAGAGGGAAGACGAGGAGCCCUGGCGCAAGAACCUCCGCGCGCACACCAAGACCUUCCUCUGCAAGGCUGGCUAUCAGCCCUGCGUGACUGAGGCUCAAGAGCAGUAUAGUAAAUGGAUGAAAGCGCAGAACCCUGAUGAGGGGAACCCAAUCGCCAAUCAGUACAUCUGCCCCGUCUUCAAAUGGGGUACCAAAGAGGAAUGGGAAUUCGGCUUCCAGCGAGUCAUCCAUUUCCCCCCCUCCAGAAAACAGAGCGAGAGAACCUACCUCCUUAAGACUCUCGCUGGUUGUCCAGUAGACAGUUACAAGAUCAAUAGACUACUGAAUGUGACCAUUUUGGAGGGGAACGGAAACUUUACGGAGACAGAUUUGUUCCUCAUCUUCAGUAUGCUGAAUGGAAGCCCUCAGGGUUACGAGACGCUGUUCUUCUUCUUGGAUAAGAAUUGGAGCGUGCUGAAGGAAAAAUUUGGUAGCAAAACGAAUCUCUGGGACAACCUCAUCACGUCAGCCACCUCGCAGUUCACUACUCAAGAGGGCUUGGAGCUGGUCUCCAACCUUUACGUAGCCCACCAGGGGGAGUUCGGCUCGGCUGAACAUAUCAUCGAGAAAUCCAUGAGAAAUGUACGCGGGGAAGCGAAAUGGUCCACCGAGAAUCUUCCGGUUAUAGAGGCGUGGCUUGACAUGUAUCUCGCUAAUUCGAAAAAGAUUUAAAUGUUAUUUCAUUUAGUGUAAGAUAAUAAAUGAUUUUGAUGUUUCUGUCCUAGAUCAACAGUUUGAAUGGUACUAUUCAAAGCUUUGUUUUGAUUGCACCUAAAUAGCACAAUGACAUUGUCUUACUAAAGUAUAUAAAUGUCAAAUCGUUUCCUUCUUAAAAUGGUCGAAUAGCCAAAUUAUAAAAAGUAUUUUUCAUUUCAACGCCGAAUAUCCGAUGUGAUUUCUUUCAUUGCAUAAUGAAACCAAAGCGAUGAAAAUUUCACCUAAAAAUUGGUGAAUCAAGUUCUACGUAAUUUAUGUUCAUGCUCAACUUUUUAUUUACUAGGUAUAUUUACCUACCUAAAAGGUUUUUAAAACCUUAUCCUGAGGUAACUACAUUAAAAUUGUUUUCACGUCGGCAUAUAUUCAAUAGUGAAUAGUUUAGUGCAGUGAGGGUAGGUACUCGUAAAGGCCAGUUAGGGUAUGGCAGCUCGAUUUAAAUAGCUCUCUUACCCUGCCUGAUAUGAUUAUGUCGAAUAACAGGUUUAAAAUGUAUCAAUAAAAUAUUGUACCAAUAAAAUGCUAGCAUUUAUUUACAUAAUAGGUAUAUACAGAGGUACUACUAAACUAAAUUAAUAACUAGCUUAAAUCUAAAAUAGGCCCAUGAGGCGUUGUACCAAGGAUGCCGGCGGCAUUUCGUGAAAUAGUGUUAAUAAAGGCUUUAAUUUUU